GCCUGUGCCCUGGGGCGGGCUGUGCGUUUCUGCGGGCGCGCAGCGCUGAUGCUUUCCCGAGGGCUGCUGUGCGGAGUGCCAGACAGGAGCGAGCGUUCCUCAGCCAGAGCCCUGUUCGGAGUGCCUUGCAGACUUGAGACCCUUCCCGCUACGCAGUCUUAGCGCCCUCCUUUGUAGCUGGAAACCUGGGCGCGGUCUGUCCGAGUCACUCGUGCUGGCAGGUGGUGGGCCCGGGUCUCAGCACAGGCAGCCUGGCCUCACACGCUGUGCUCUUUGCCUCUCGGCCGUGCUUCCUGCUGUUCUAGUGGGAGCCCUGUCACUUGUUUUUUGCUUGUUUAUUUGUUUCUGUUUUUUUGUUGUUGUUGUUUUUAAAAUAGAUGUCAUUUUAACGGACACCAUAGUCUAGACCCUGAGAGGUAUAAAUUUAAUAGAAAGUGGUUCCUGCUUCCAGUUAUCCAGUUGGGAAGCCAACUGUAUUCUUAAAAUAAUCAGAAAAUUAUGAAAAUAAUGAUAGAAAUGCAGUUUUAUGUCAGCACUUCUUAACUAGAAUUUUUAGACCAUAAAGUAGACUUAGAAGUGCUAAAGAGGGCAGUAGAGGUGUCCUUGAGCAGUGAAACCAGGUUUUGCCUAUCCAUAUCUGUAGCUGUUGGAUAAGUAAUCGAGUUGAAAGGAAGAAGGCAGGCUUGGGAGAUGAGUAUUGAAACCGGUGAUGAUGGAAGGGAGAAUGGAGGUUCCUGGGGACGGUGAUCAGCUCUCUGAGCUGUUGGAGAGAUCCCAGUAUUGCAGAUGAUACACUGGAAUGAAACCAUGGAGAGGGGAAGGAUGAUUGCAGAAAUUGUGAGGAUUUUGAUAAAAAUUUGCAAAUCAUCUGUGUUUCAGUUUCUACUUCCAGUAUUGUAUGAAGGGUGUUAAGAGUUAAAAUGAUAGAGUGGGAAGCAGGACGAACCAGUUAUCUAAGUUUUGACUGUAUUUAGCUUUAUACAGAGUACAGUCUCACUGGAUGUCAAGCUUAUUUUUAUUAACAAAGAUUUGUGAAGACCUUCCUGUAUUGUGACAAAUUCUUUGCAAGGCAUUGUUGGAGAUGCAAAGCUGUAUUAUGAAAAUAAAUUGGUUAUUCUAGCUUAAUCUGUGACCUUUGGCAGCAGCAUUAAGAAACAGUGGGCACCUGGUGGAAUGCGCAGUACUUGGAAUGAAACUGUAUGUUUGACUUCCGGCUCCUUUCAUAACCAGCUGUGUGAUUUUUGAACCUCUAACAUGCAGGCCCCUGGCUCUCAGUCUGUGCACCUGAGUGAGUGGCAGAGGAACUACUUUGCAAUCACAUCUGGCACGUGUACACCAGGACAGAAGGCAGAUGCGUACCGUGCUCAGAUACUGCGUGUUCAGUAUGCCUGUGCGAACGCCGAGAUCUCCCAGGUCUGUGCUACCACACUGUUCAAAAGGUAUGCAGAGAAAUACUCCGCAAUUGUUGAUUCUGACAAUGUGGAAACUGGCUUGAAUAACUAUGCAGAAAACAUUUUAGCUUUGACAAGAUCUCAACAAACUGACAGUAAUAAGUGGCAGUCUGGGUUGUCAAGAAACAGUGUUUUCAAGAUGAAUACCGUACAGAAGAUGAUGCAAGCUGGCAGAAACUUCAAGGACUCUCUGCUGGGACCUGUAGAUGCAUCAGUAGUGAUCCGUCAGGAGGCCCCUGUCUUUGAUCUUCCUGACUCCGGUGUUCCUGGGCGUGCUGGUGCUGGUGACCUAUGCCCCGGCUCAGUUCCUGGCACAGAUAGGACCCAAGACAUUCCAGGCAGCAACCCUUGGAGGUGCCCUCAGAGUAUCCAGCCACCCAUGGUGCCUACCAGUGCUGAGACUUGUCCCCUGUCCUCUUCUUCAGGUGAGCCAGCCACAGCCAAAUUCCACGCCACCCCAUUAUUUGGACAUGUCACAAAGGAAAGUCAUAGCUCUCCUAAGGCCAGCGCAGGACUGCAGAUGUUCUCGUCUAACUGCUCUCCCUUUCCUUCUGGCUGUGAAAACCCACGGGCAAGGAAGGCUUUUUAUAGUUCUGUCACCAUCGAUGCUCUUUCCAAUCCAGUACUAAAUAAGGCUUUUAGUAAAACAGAAGAUAAUGACCCACGGGAGGAGAGCAGUGUGCCUACUUUUAAAACUGCAAAGGAACAGUUAUGGGUAGACCAGCAAAAAAAGGGCCACCAACCCCAGCGUGCACAAGGGUCCUCAUAUGGGGGCGUGAAAAAGUCUCUGGGAGCUGGGCGAUCUCGUGGGAUAUUUGGGAAGUUUGUUCCUCCCGUACCUAAACAAGACGGCGCAGAGCAGAAUGGAGGCAUGCAGUAUAAGCCUCACGGAGCAGCGCCGACAGAACCAGCCCAUCCUGUUGAUGAGCGGCUGAAGAACUUGGAGCCCAAAAUGAUUGAACUUAUUACGAAUGAGAUUAUGGAUCAUGGGCCUCCAGUACACUGGGAAGAUAUUGCAGGAGUAGACUUCGCAAAAACCACGAUAAAGGAAAUAGUUGUGUGGCCCAUGAUGAGGCCGGACAUCUUCACUGGGUUACGGGGACCCCCUAAAGGAAUUCUGCUCUUUGGUCCCCCAGGGACUGGUAAAACUCUCAUUGGCAAGUGCAUCGCCAGUCAGUCUGGGGCGACGUUCUUCAGCAUCUCGGCUUCGUCCUUGACCUCUAAGUGGGUGGGAGAGGGGGAGAAGAUGGUCCGUGCGUUGUUUGCUGUUGCAAGGUGUCAACAACCAGCUGUGAUAUUCAUCGAUGAAAUUGACUCCCUGUUGUCUCAGCGAGGAGAAGGUGAACACGAAUCCUCUAGGAGGAUAAAAACAGAAUUUUUAGUUCAGUUAGAUGGAGCAACCACGUCUUCUGAAGACCGAAUUCUAGUGGUGGGAGCCACAAAUCGGCCUCAGGAGAUUGAUGAGGCUGCGCGGAGAAGGUUGGUAAAGAGACUGUACAUUCCGCUCCCGGAAGCCUCAGCCAGGAAACAAAUAGUGACAAAUCUGAUGUCCAAGGAGCAGUGUGACCUCAGUGAGGAGGAGAUCCUUCAGGUUGUCCAGCGGUCUGAUGGCUUCUCAGGGGCAGACAUGACCCAGCUGUGCAGGGAGGCGUCCCUCGGUCCCAUCCGCAGUUUACAGACUGCUGACAUUGCCACCAUAACUCCAGAUCAAGUUCGUCCCAUAUCUUACGUUGACUUUGAAAAUGCUUUUAGAACUGUGCGGCCUAGUGUAUCUUCAAAAGACUUAGAGCUGUAUGAAGAGUGGAACAGAGCAUUUGGUUGUGGAAAGUGAACAGGACACUGCAAAGUAAAAGAUGGCAUCGUUUUAGCAUUGGCUGGUUUACUUUUAGUAUAGGAACCGGUGUGGGGAAUUGCACUGCUUUGGAACAUGCUGUAAGUUCAUCAAAUAAGGAUAGCAAUAGGUCAGAGUUUACAACUGGGCGGCUUUGCCUAUGUGGAAUGCUUUGUUUGCCUUCCAAUUAGUAUUUGGUUAUAAAUUAUUUAAACAGAAUGAGGAUGAACUUUGUGUUUUGUUUCUAAGAAGUCUUUUGAAGGUGAAUAGUGAACUCGAAACUUCAAUCUGAAGAUUACGUUUAUUUACGAGGCUGUAUUUGAUUUCUAGAUUUUUAUUGAAGAAAGUUCUUCUGAAGGCCACAUGGCUCUUCAUGUCGGCUGAUGUAGUGGUUUCCCUUUGAAACUGCGUAGCUCACGCUUUGUUUAGGUAGAUUUAAGAUUUCACCAAAAGCUAGAAGGAAAGUGACAGUUGUUACUUUCUUUGGCAGGUUUGUUACCUAUUUUAUGAUUUUCUUUUCUUACCAAGACUAAUAGAAACGUGCUCAGAAUUAGCAAGAUGUAAUCUAGUAUUAGAGACACAUCCACAGAACCGAAACGUUAGGAAUGUUGUAUUUUUUCAGAGGACCUAUGAUGUUUAACAUUAAUAAUUUAUUUCAAACUACUUCACCAUCUGUCAUAUUACUGUCUUUUUAAAAUUAAUGUUUUCAGGUUUUUAUAAUGGGUCAUUUGGUUUUAUAAAUAAUAUAUGUUCAUUGUAGAAACUUUAGAAAAUAGAAAUAAAAAGAAUAAAAAUCACUGUUAGUUAUAGUACCCCUUUGGGGGACAUGAUAUUUCAGCAUGGAUUCUGUUAGAAGCUUUUUUUUUUAUUUAAUUAGAAGAAUGAUUGUACUAUGCAUCCUCUUUUGUCACCUACUGUUUUUCAUUAAAGUACAUUAUCGUUUUCCACAUUCA